AUGCUAAACAAUCUACAAUCAUCUAAUCCUACAAAAAUCAAUAGUCUAAGAACAAAAAUAGUAAAUAUAUUAUCCUCAAUUACAUCUCCAUCCUUACACACCUCAAAAGAAUCUUAUAGAUUCUAAAACAAAGAGACACUUUUAUCCAUAAAAAUCAAAAUGAAUCAUAGAAAUUCAAAUUCCAAUAGAAGAAAUCAAGUCUAGUAUAAUUUUUAAUAGUAUUUCUCUUAGUUAUUCAUUCUAAAAAAAUUACAAGGAUUAAGCCUAUUAAAUUAAUUUCUUGGACAAAAUUGUCACUAUAAAAAUUUGA